CUCUCUCUCCCUUUUUUGUCCGCUUUUUAUCGUCUGCUCUAAUCCCUUGCCGUAUCUCUUCCCCCCCCCCCCCCCCCCCCCCCCCCCCCCUCUCGCAUGAACUCCUAAAACGAACUUCCUGAUUUUCCAUCUUCUCUUCCGAUUCUUGCUAGAUCAUGGCAUCCCCAAUCGAAGAAGGAGGUGAUAGAGAUCUAGAGAAGGGACUGAUGACUCCACCACCAAGUCAAAACCCUCUCGCCGAGCCGUCACCUUCGCCAUCUCCCUCGUCGACGGCUGCGGCUGCGGCUCCGGCGUUAGUACUUUCCAAUUCCGGUAAGCGGAUUGAUCAGGCGGGGAAAAAGAAGUACGUAAAGCAGGUGACGGGGCGGCACAACGACACUGAGCUGCACUUGGCCGCUCAGCGUGGUGAUCUGGCCGCCACGAAGCAGAUACUCAAUGAUAUCGUUUCGCAGAUGACGGGAACUCUGAGCGGCGCGGAUCUUGACGCUGAGGUUGCAGAGGUCCGGGCUGCGGUUGUGAAUGAGGUGAAUGAGUUGGGAGAGACGGCGCUGUAUACGGCGGCCGAGAAAGGCUACCUUGAUAUUGUGAAGGAAUUGUUGAAGUAUUCGAGUCAGGAGACUGUCACGAAGAAGAAUCGAUCUGGGUUUGAUCCGUUGCAUAUAGCCGCAAGUCAAGGACACCAUGCCAUUGUCCAGGUGCUCCUAGAUCAUGACCCUGGUCUCAGUAAAACAAUUGGUCCGUCAAAUGCAACUCCUCUUAUAUCUGCAGCAACAAAAGGCCAUACGGAAGUAGUUAAUGAAUUACUUUCAAAAGAUUGUAGCUUGCUGGAGAUAUCAAGAUCCAACGGGAAAAAUGCAUUGCAUUUGGCUGCCCGACAGGGGCAUGUUGAAAUUGUAAAAGCAUUACUGAGCAAAGAUCCACAGCUGGCACGAAGGACUGACAAGAAAGGGCAGACUGCAUUGCAUAUGGCUGUAAAAGGGCAGAGCUGUGAGGUGGUGAAAUUGCUUCUCGAGGCUGAUGCUGCUAUUGUUAUGCUUCCGGAUAAAUUUGGUAACACAGCGUUACAUGUAGCUACACGGAAAAAGCGAGUAGAGAUAGUGAAUGAGUUAUUAUCCCUUCCUGACACCAAUGUUAAUGCACUGACCAGAGACCACAAAACAGCUCUUGACAUAGCUGAAGAGCUUCCCCUUUCUGAAGAAUCCUCAGUUAUAAGGGACUGCCUUUCUCGAUGUAAUGCUCUCAGAGCUAAUGAACUGAACCAACCAAGGGAUGAAUUGAGGAAAACUGUGACUCAAAUUAAGAAAGAUGUUCAUAUCCAACUCGAACAAACUAGGAAAACUAACAAAAAUGUUCAUAAUAUUUCUAAAGAGCUCAGGAAACUUCACCGAGAAGGGAUCAACAAUGCCACCAACUCAGUGACUGUGGUGGCUGUGCUAUUUGCUACAGUUGCCUUUGCAGCUAUUUUUACUGUGCCUGGUGGAGAUCUCGAUAAUGGAAUGGCUGUGGUGGUCAAGACUGCAUCUUUCAAGAUUUUCUUCAUCUUCAAUGCUAUUGCCCUUUUUACGUCUUUGGCUGUUGUGGUUGUUCAAAUUACAUUGGUUAGAGGCGAGACAAAAGCAGAAAAACGAGUAGUGGAAGUAAUUAACAAGCUGAUGUGGCUGGCUUCUGUGUGCACUUCGGUGGCUUUUAUGGCCUCCUCUUAUAUAGUGGUUGGCAGGAAGCAUAAAUGGGCAGCAAUUUUGGUCACAGGUGGGGGAGUAAUAAUGGGUGGGGUUCUCGGCACUAUGACUUAUUAUGUGGUGAGGUCCAAGAGGAUUCGUUCAAUGCGAAAGAAGGAGAAGCAUGCCAGGAGCGGAUCCAACUCGUGGCAUCACUCUGACUUUUCAAACUCAGAAGUUGAUCGGAUUUUUGCCCUUUGAUGUGUGCAACUUACAGUCUCUGGAAGUUUGUAGGAUCAUAAAUGGAAAAGAUGCACGCUGAACGAGUACAAAAGGUACUUAAAAAUGAAUGCCUUUUAAGUAUAACUUUGAACUUGAACAAGAAUCAAUUAUUAUGACAAUUAUAUUUCUUUGCA